CCGGGAGCGCAAACGGGAAAGCUGGAAUCGCAACCCGAAUAAAUUACAGCAAACACAACCGAGAGAGACGCGGAACAAAAAUAAAAGAAGUUUUGUUUGAACAUUUUGGCACAAAAUUGCUUCCACACCUUCCGCUGCACACUGAAACUGCGCGCGCCCUUUGGCUGGGCUUUCGAAGUCACGUGGUUCUGUGCUGCCCCGAGGGUCUUGAUGUCAUCGGUCACGUGAUUACGGUAACCCUUCAGUGUGUGUGGGUUUGUUUGUUUGUUUGCGCUCCUGAAGUAUAAAGAGUUUCAGUGUGCGGAGUGCGAGAUGUAUUAUUACAGAUAUGAGAAUGCGGAAGUCAGUUGCUGUUAUAAAUAUCUAAUGUUCAGCUACAACAUCAUCUUCUGGCUGGCUGGAGCAGGGUUUAUUGCAAUUGGAUUCUGGGCCUGGAGUGAGAAGGGUGUAUUGUUGGACUUGACCAAGGUGACCAGUCUCCAUGGGUUUGACCCGGUGUGGAUGUUUCUGCUGGUUGGCAUGGUAACGUUCAUUCUGGGAUUUGCUGGCUGUGUUGGAGCACUGAGAGAGAACAUCUGUCUGCUCCGCUUUUUUUCGACUGUGAUCGGCUUUAUCUUCUUCCUGGAACUGACAGCGGCUGUGUUAGCACUGGUGUUUCAGGAUCCACUGAGAAAGUGGAUCAGCGACUUCUUCAUAGUGAAUGUGAAAGGAUACAGAGACGACAUUGACCUUCAGAACCUCAUUGAUUCACUGCAGAGAGUGAACCAUUGCUGUGGAGCAAAUGAUCCAAAUGACUGGGACCAAAACGUUUAUUUUAACUGUUCACAGACCAACCCAAGCAGAGAACGUUGUGGGGUUCCGUUCUCCUGCUGCAUCGGUGAUCCGGCGGACACAGUAGUGAACACGCAGUGUGGUUAUGACAUCAGGGCAUCUGCACGUGCGGACGUGUGUGUGUUUCAGAAGAAGUGGGAGACUGUGAUCUAUGUGAAAGGCUGUGUUGCUGCUCUGGAAGAGUGGCUUCCACGGAACAUCUACAUUGUAGCAGGAGUGUUCAUAGUCAUCUCACUGUUACAGAUGGUGGGAAUUUUCCUCGCUCGGAAUCUGAUCAGUGACAUUGAGAAAGUGAAAUACAAUUAUUAACAAAUGCAAACUUUUGAAAAUCGAGACCCCACCUUCCCUAUGUUUUUUCAUGUAUUUCUCCCUGUUACUUUCACUGUGCGUUUGUGUGAGUGGGGGAGCAAGAUUUGUAUUUGUUGAUGUACGUUGGAUGUGAAUUUGUCUCUGCAGUGCCUUUGAUAUUGAGUAUGUUUCAUACUCACGGUGUAAUGACUAACUGUAAUUUCACAUUCUCAGGUCUGAAAUUUGCAUUCUUUUAAAAUUCCAGUUUUAUAUUUUUGUGAUGCUGCAGAUAAAUGUGAAUAUUUGUGAUGCUGAAUCUGAUUGACCAAUCAGUGCAUGGAUCCUAGAGACAAAUGCAGUUAUUUGAAGGCGAAUGUCAUUGGUGGAUUUUGUUGCCCUCCUGGUGCAGAGCACACGUCUUCAUGUUGUGUUCAUGUCAACAUUCUGUAUUCUUUGUGCAUAUUAUUCCAAAUUUGAGUCACAUCUUAUGGAAAAACUUGGCUGUAACACUGCCACUGAAGCAACCUUCAAAAGUUUGUACACAAGAAUUAAAAUAUACUUAUGUUCCUAGUGGGGGAGGCUUUGUCAGUUAGGAGGCUUUUUAUUCAUUUUUUUAUGCAUUAUAAUAAUUGUAUAAUCAUGUGAAAUAGUUUGAUCAUUUUAAAAUGAAUUUCAGAAUGAAAUUCUAAAAUCUUAGAACCAACAAACAUUUUUAAUUCAGACACAGACACAUGCAUGUAUGUUUUAUAUAACACACACACAAUAACAGGCUAAAGUUUGUGUACUUCUACUCUACUCAUUCAUAGGUUUUUCUGUAUUUUGACUUUUCUACAUUGUACAACAAUACUGAAGAUAGUGGAACUAUGGAAUAUAUACAAACCUAUGUGGUAAACAAAAAACUGAUGCAUGUUAAGCAUGUAUAUUUUAAUACUGGGCACUUUGAAGAAACUAAAGUGUGUGUGUGUAUAAAAUGUUUAUUUUAGUUUCUCCAAAGUGUCCAGUGUUUACCUUGACAGUUUUGCACACUAUUGGCAUUAUCUUAACCAGCUUCACGACGUAGUCAUCUGGAAUGUUUUUCAAUUAACAGAUGAGCCUCAUCUAAAGUUAAUUAGUGGAAUUUCUUGCCUUUUUAAUGCAUUUGAGCUCAAACAGUAAAUAGCCCUAUUCUCCAACUGUAGUAAUCCAUAUUAUGUUUAGAACUGAACAACAAGGUAAAGAGAAAUGAUAGUAAAAAUUUAAAGUUUGAUAGAAAAAAGAAAGAAAAACCAUUGAAUUAGGUGUGUCCAGACUUUUGACUAGUACUGUGUGUGUGCAUGUAUAUAAAAUGUGCAUUUGUAUACAUACAUGCAUGUUUAUAUCUUGUGUUUGGGAGUGUUUGACACUGUCUGUUUAUAUAACUUUUAAUAGUCUAUAUACAAUGAUUUAGGACUAAUAAUUAGUUUUCACCUGAAUCUGGAAAGGUUGUGUUAAUAUUGGAGGAUAAUAUUUGAUUAAAAUGUUAUGUUUUACCAUUAUUUUUUUUUUUUUUGCUGAGUGACUUUUUUGCUUUAAACUUUCUCCUGUAUUCUGUUCUUCCUGUUUUAAACUUGUGAUGCCUUUUAUUGGAGUCUGAGGCCCUGAAAGGGGGGUGUGUGAGAGAGACUUUAGUACAGAAACAUUAACACUGAACUAUUAUGCCUAAACUUUUCAUCCAAAGGAAUCUUAGAAUAUACUUUCUUAACCCUUUCAUUGAAUGCACUAUUUUAACUCUGUGCCAUUAUGAAAUGUUUAUUGUAGUGUUAACUAAAGAAUUAUAAAUUUAUAUUUUUUUGUACUGUUUCUUUCUUAUUACUGUUUCAAUUGUAGAUUUCUAAGGCUAUUUUUAAAACUUGUCUAAAUUUUUGGACUAUAAUAUUUUAUACAUUAAUAAAAAGCUGCAGUUUUGCUUUUGUGUCAUUUUAUUGCCAGUUUGUUGUGGGAAUGAGUUUUUAUAUAUAUUAGUGCUGUCAAAGUUAACGCGAUUAAAAAAAAUAGUGCCAUUAACGCAAAUUCUAAUUUGGCCCUGCGAGUCACCCGUAGUUCCUGCUGAGGCUUGUCACGCGCUGCGUUUAACUGUACCAACAGGUUUACCGUCCAAACGAGUUCACAUGGGAUUACCUUUCACAGGUGAGACUGGAAAAACACUUUUCCUUCAGUCUUCAGUUUCCCAGCUCAUCUCCACCGGGGAGGUGUAGAGUUAUAAGCAGUGAGCAUUAGAUAAUACAGUGCCACACUAUGAUUAAUGUUUUUGAACGUAUGAUGAAUGUUUUUAUUUUUGUUUUUUUCUUCUUUUAUGGCAAAUACUUCUCUUCAAAAGAAACUAAUGAAGAGUAAAAUAAAACAUUUUUUUAUUUUCACAGUGAUAUGCACUUUAUUUUUCAUCCCUUGGUUUUCUCAUCUAAUAUGGAUGUCAGUGGCUGUGACAAGACGUGUUAUGCUCUGCAAUAAAAAAAAAAAAAUUGGUGCAAGCCCAUUCACUUUAUGCUGAUAAGAGAAUUACAAUAGUUUUUCAUGUGACAAAAAUGUGCGAUUAAAUUGCGAUUAAUCGCGAGUUAACUAUGACAGUCGCGACAUUAAUCGCGAUUAAAUAUUUUAAUCGCUUGACAGCACUUAUAUAUAUAUAUAUAUAUAUAUAUAUAUAUAUAUAUAUAUAAAAACUCAAUGUCGCUAAUCCUGUACAGGAUAAAAGUGGCUACGGAUGGAUGGAUAGGAUUAUAUUAACUAUGCAUAUUAUGACUAUAUAAUGAGGUUGAAUUAUUGAAGUAAUCUGUCAUGAACUCUCCCUCAUGCUGUGUGCCACGUGAAGCUAAGCACCUGCUUCCUGGACUGUACUGCAGAUCCGUCUGCAAAUCGCACGCAGCUGUUUUACGUUCGGAGCAGGUACAUCAGGACUCCUCACGCACGGUUUGUUUGUUAACAACUUGUGCCAGACUCUACCUAGUGUUUGGAGUUUGUUCUGGUUUUGCUCGUGCCUUGUUUCUUGCUCUUUUUGGAUUUUUCUGAAAGUGUUUUGUUGAUCACUGGAACCUUGUCUGAUUUACAUUUUUGUCUCAAGUUUUGGAUUUGUCUGGAUGUGUCUUGAUAUUGUAAAUAAACCAUUUUCCUGCAUGUGCA